AUGGCCGCCGACAACUCGCUCCCCGGCGGCGACUUCUUCUUCAAGGGCGAGACCGGCCGCAACACCAGAGGCCUGCUGCGGCUCGUGAUCCUCUGCACCAUCGCCGCAGCUGCUGUCUCCGCCCGACUCUUCUCUGUCAUCCGCUUCGAGAGCAUCAUCCACGAAUUCGACCCGUGGUUCAACUUCCGAGCGACAAAGUACCUCGUCACACAUGGCUUCUACAAAUUCUGGGAUUGGUUCGACGACAGAACAUGGCAUCCCCUGGGACGUGUCACUGGUGGUACUCUCUACCCGGGCCUCAUGGUCACAUCCGGCAUCAUCUACAAACUCCUCCGAUUCCUGACUCUCCCCGUCGAUAUUCGCAACAUUUGCGUGCUCCUCGCCCCAGCUUUCUCCGGCCUCACGGCUUUCGCAACCUAUCUUUUGACCUCUGAAAUGAGCGACAGUCCAUCAGCGGGUCUGCUUGGAGCUAUCUUCAUGGGCAUCGCGCCAGGAUACAUUAGCAGAAGCGUGGCAGGAUCAUACGACAACGAGGCUAUCGCAAUUUUCUUGCUGGUCUUCACUUUCUACCUCUGGAUCAAAGCCGUAAAACUUGGUAGCAUCAUGUGGGGCGGUCUUUGCGCUCUAUUCUAUGGCUACAUGGUCAGCGCUUGGGGUGGAUACGUUUUCAUCACGAAUUUGCUGCCUCUGCACGUCUUUGUGUUGAUCUGCAUGGGACGUUAUAGCCCACGGCUCUACGUCAGCUACACCACCUGGUACGCACUGGGCACGUUGGCUAGCAUGCAGAUUCCCUUCGUCGGCUUCUUGCCAAUCAAGAGCAGCGACCACAUGUCUGCGCUUGGUGUCUUUGGCCUUAUCCAGCUCGUGGGCUUCGCGGACUUCAUGAAGAACCGCCUCCAGUCGAAGCAGUUCCAGACUCUUCUUUGGGCAGGUAUCAUCAUUGUCUUCGGAGUCGCUUUCGGGGGCCUGGUGCUGCUUACCGUUACCGGAACCAUCGCACCCUGGAGUGGUCGCUUCUACUCUCUAUGGGAUACUGGAUACGCCAAGAUCCACAUUCCCAUCAUCGCCUCUGUCUCUGAGCAUCAGCCAACCGCAUGGCCAGCCUUCUUCUUUGACCUGAACAUGCUGAUCUGGCUGUUUCCAGCUGGUGUAUACAUGUGCUUCCGCAAUCUCAAGGACGAGCAAGUAUUCGUUGUCAUCUACGCUGUUCUGGCCAGCUACUUUGCAGGUGUCAUGGUUCGUCUGAUGCUCACACUCACCCCGAUCGUGUGUGUCGCAGCGGCCAUCGCGCUCAGCCAAAUCCUCGAUACCUUCACAACUGCCACACAGCCGCAAGAGCCAUCCACCGACGCGAAGAAGACCAAUGGCACGGUCAAUGGCUCCGCAGAUGUGAAGGAAAAGAUUCAAGCCGCCCUUCCAGAGUCUCUGCGCUCCGCCAAAGGACCAGUGGUUGGCAUUUACAGUUACCUCUCCAAGUCACUCAUGACUGGAGCUGUCACGACAUACUUGCUCCUUUUUGUGCUCCACUGCACGUGGGUCACCUCGAACGCUUACUCAUCUCCCUCAGUUGUCCUUGCUUCAAAGUUACCUGACGGCAGCCAGCACAUCAUCGAUGACUACCGAGAGGCGUACUACUGGCUUCGCCAAAACACCGAGCAAACUGCCAAGGUCAUGAGUUGGUGGGACUAUGGAUACCAAAUUGGUGGUAUGGCCGAUAGGCCAACUCUCGUGGACAACAACACUUGGAACAACACGCACAUCGCGACUGUUGGAAAGGCAAUGUCCAGCCGCGAAGAAGUCUCGUACCCAAUUAUGAAGCAGCACGAGGUAGACUACGUUUUGGUGGUCUUCGGUGGUCUUCUUGGCUACUCCGGCGACGACAUUAACAAGUUCUUGUGGAUGGUCCGUAUUGCCGAAGGCAUCUGGCCAGAUGAGGUCAAGGAACGUGACUUCUUCACCGCACGGGGAGAGUAUCGUGUCGAUGAAGAGGCCACCCCAACCAUGAAGAACUCUCUCAUGUACAAGAUGAGCUACUACAAAUACAACUCGCUGUUCCCAGCUGGACAGGCGACCGAUCGUGUCCGUGGCUCAAAACUGCCAGCACAGGGCCCAGAGCUUUCCACCCUUGAGGAAGCCUUUACCAGCGAGAAUUGGAUCAUCAGAAUUUACAAGGUCAAGGAUCACGAUAAUCUCGGCCGCUCGCAUCAAGAAGCCACAGCAUUUGAGAAAGGCAACAAGAGAAAGAAGGCUGGAAAGAGACGGGGGCCAAGAGUCGCGACUCUUACCAGAUUGUUGCGAGCCCAAGGAAUACAGGAGCCUGUCAUUGCCGACGAUGGCAUCAACACUGCCUCCGCUUCGCCUGCCAGCACAUCCCAAGGCGGAGUUUUCACAAAAAAGCGUCGCCUCGAAAGCUCCUCGUCUUCAAGCCUAGUGGGAGCCACUCCGGAAAGCGAUGGAAGCGUGCGCCCCAGAGACAAGGACAGCACCGACCCCUUCAAGCUUGACCAGGUCGUAUCGCCGGAGGAACAGGAGCUCGUACUGCAGAGGUACCUGACUGAGAUUGCUCCCAUCUUUCCAUUGGUUCCGCUAUCUGGUGACUGUUCACUAGCUGUCUUGAAAGCACAGAAGCCAACCUUACUGCAAGCCGUUAUGUACGCUGGCAGUACCGGGAUGCUCUCCCUCGAAAAGCAGGAAGAUAUCGCGAGACCACUCCUUAAUCAUUUAUCCAGCAGCGUCUUCACCGACGUCGAGAAGAGCCUCGAACUUAUCCAAGCCAUACAAGUCACUUGCUUGUGGUAUCGAUCACCCAGGCAUCAUCGGCACAUAGCGGUAUACCAGAUGAUCCAGCUUGCAGAGAACAUGGCGCUCGAGAUCGGCAUUGGCGGGCAGCCGCUCACGUCCCCGACGGCUGAGAUCGCCGUCAAAUGUGCUGAUGUAGAGUCUGGUGAUGCACUCAGGGCAUGGCUCGUUUGUUACAUACUUUCUAGCGUCAUGAGCCUUCUCAUGCGUCAGACUAACACUGCUGAGUGGACCAAACACCAUGAAGAAAGCCUCCUCUUCUUGGAAUACGCUCCAAACUCACCGGCUAGUGAUGGAUGGCUAGGCCAAUAUUUUCGCGCCGAGAAGUUGUGUGCUGCGGUCGCUAAGGAAAUGCAAUUCGACGAUUUUGCUUCAUGUCUGGAAGUCUCUGACCCAGUCAUGAAGCGUAAGGUCCAGAGCUGUCGCCAUCAGAUUCUGAAUUGGCGCAUUUUGAUCCCGCAGUCGAUGCGAUCCAGUGCCCCUCUUCUAUUUUGGGACCAUGUUGCCACCGCGUACAUGCACGAGGCAGUCUUGCACACCGCCACGAAUAAGCAAUCUUUCUCAGCCCCAUUCGUUGCCGAGAACCUCUCAUCCGCAGACUUCCCGUGUCCCGUGAUUAGUCAAGAUCACAUUACAGCGAUAUACGAGCUCGUUACAGCUGUGCAAGCCGUAAUCGACAUCUACGUAUCUUUGGACAUCACUACAUUGAUGGCUCUACCAGGGUUGUUGUACACCAGUCGAGCGGCAUAUGCGAAUUACAUCCUUGCGAAGCUGCACAUCGCAGUGACAGCGGCUGGAAACACUUUCAGCUCGAUCAUAGAAGCCCCAUUACUCCAAAUGGAGUUCUACACUGAGAAGCUGGUCGCAUUGUGCGAGAGAAUUCACGCCGUCGACCGCGAUUGUGCUGCGGCUAGAAUUCUUCGAGCAUCGAAGCGUAUGCUAGAGUGGUAUGAGCUGUACACAGCCAGCGUGAUACACGAUCCGGGCACUUCGAUGUCCAUGGCACAGCCAGAUGUCUGGACAAUGCAAGGAAUGGACAGCGCCGCUGACUUUGGCCUCGACAUACUCUUCACGGUGGACGAAUUCGCCGUCUCUGCUUUGCACUACCCCGUCUGA